AUGUUGACCAGGCGCUUAUUACAGACAGCAAGGCUAUCGAGUCUUCGCGUCGCGCGACUCGUACCUGGCGCCGUGCCCCGGAGCGCUCUCCGACAGCCCCAGCGAUUCUCCUCAGGCAGCGCGAAACCACCAUCUGUCCACAGUACCUUUUACAAGACCUUUGGCAGACCUAUCGCGAAAGUUGUUCUUCUGUCGAUCCUCACAUACCAAGCCGUUUAUCUGCUGUGGAUAAAGCUCGAAGCGGACGAGACCAAGUCUUUACGUAAGGCCGAGAUCGCGGAGCUCGAGUCCAAGGUCGAGAAGCUUCAGGGGAGCAACAAGUCUUAA